AAAAUGUCGCUUACGUCUUUAAAAAAAGAGUUCCGGUUUACAACACGUGUUGUUUGUGAAAUGACAGUUUGCGAUAUAUUUUAGAAAUGGGGGUCGAAACGCAGGAAACACACAGAUCAGGACAGUGGAAACAACAAAACAAAUCUCACAAACACGGAAAACAUAGGAGUAAAGGUCAAAUAGAAAGACAAUCGCAAGGUAGAGUAAAUGUCAAGACAUUGUCAAGGAGAAAUAAACAACAAACUAGGAAGAAUGACAGGAGACAUCAGGCCCAGCAAAUAAGAAAGCAAAAAAGAGACGAGGUGUUGGAGAAGAAGAGGAACAGGGGAAGUCAAGGAUCACCUCCACAUUUUGUGGUGAUAUUGCCACUCCAUAAAGAUAUUGACUGUGAUGCUGUUCUUGAACUGUUAAAACAAUGUGAUGAAACAGCAGUGGUUUCUAAAAACGAGCAAGGCAUCUGUCAUAUCAGUGUGCCAAGGUUUAAACAACGGCUGUCAUUCUUCAUACCUGAGUAUGGCAAUCUACAUGCCAUCUUGGAUGCAGCCAAAGUUGCAGACUCCUUGUUGUGUCUCCUGUCACCAGAGGGCGCUGCUGACAGUGUCGGUGAACACUGUAUAUCAUGUCUAUAUGCACAGGGACUUCCCGCCAUAACAUUUGGUGUACAAGGUCUGAAGACGUUGAAUGCGAAAAAGCAAAACGAAGCAAAGAAAACAAUACAGAGACACAUAGACAAAAGGUUUCCUACUGAGAAAUUCCAUGCCAUAGAUCUGCCCCAGGAUGCUCUACUUGUACUGCGGAGAAUCACCAAUCACAAGCUACCCCCAGUCUUCUUCAGGGACAACAGGCCACAUAUGUUAGCAGAAAGCAUUGAGUUUGAAAUUGACAGUGAAGAGAGUGAAGUUGGGACACUAAAGCUGUCAGGGUACCUACGAGGACGGUCACUGUCAGCUAACGGUCUCAUACACCUGCCAGGCUGGGGGGACUUCCAGAUGUUACAGAUAGAUGCACCUAACGACCCUCAUCCCUUCAAUCAGAAACUAGCCAAAGAUUCACGCAAACAGAAUGGUCUGGAUAUUGAAAUGGAGGGAGAGAAGGAGGAGGUGAGGGUUCUAGAGAAGGCUGAUCCACGACAUCAGGAGUCCCUACAAAGUGAGGUAAUCCCAGACCCGAUGGAGGGGGAGCAGACCUGGCCUACUGAUGCUGAACUGGCUGAAGCUGAAAAACAGUCCAAAAAGAAGGUCAUGAAGAAAGUACCCAAGGGGACAUCAGAGUAUCAGUCUGCCUGGAUUUUGGAUGACGACGAAGAUCAUGUGGGAGCAUCCAAAGCCAUGCUUGAUGAUGAAGAGGAUGAAGAUGAGGAUGAAGAUGAUGUGGAUAUGGAAGCUGAGGAGGAGGAAGACUCGGAUGGAGAUGAAGAAGCAUCUGGUGAUGAGGAGUUUGAAACUUUAACAAUGACAGAAAAUAAUGAUGCUGAGAGAUAUGAUGAAAACAUGGACAUGGAUGAGGAACGAUCCAUGUUUGAGAAGAUGAAGGAGGAAAAACUACAUGUGAUGUUCCCAGACGAGGUUGACACGCCUAUGGAGAAGGUGGCCAGACAGAGGUUUGCAAGGUAUCGUGGCCUGAAAAGCUUUAGGACCACAUUGUGGGACCCCAAGGAAAACCUACCAUUGGAUUAUGCUAGAAUAUUUCAGUUUGGAAACUUCAAAAAGACCAAGAAGAAAGUCUUAACUGAUGACACUGACAGCGGGGCAUUGCCUGGUUGGUUCAUCACCGUGCAUAUAGCAAACGUUCCCAGGGAAUUCAUGGAAUCCUACAAACCUGGGUCCCCUGUAGUGAUGUUUGGACUGUUGCAACACGAACAGAAAAUGUCUGUCAGCAAUUAUGUCAUCAAGCGUUGUGGAGAAUCACGAUUUCCAAUCAAGUCCAAAGAGAGGCUCAUAUUUCACGCUGGUUUUCGGAGAUUCUCUGUUUGUCCCAUAUUUUCACAACACACAAAUGGAAAUAAACAUAAGUUUGAGAGAUUUCUGUACCAUAAUGUGGCUACCAUGGCAACAAUCUAUGGACCAAUCAUGUUCCCUCCAUCACCAGUGCUUGUGUUCAAGGAGAUGGGAACAGGCGCACAUGAAUUGGUGGCCACUGGUUCCCUGUCGUCGGUCAACCCUGACCGUACCGUGGUGAAGCGUGUUGUACUCAGUGGAUAUCCAUUCAAAAUCAACAAACGAACUGCCGUCAUUAGAUAUAUGUUCUUCAACAGAGAGGACAUUAUGUGGUUUAAGCCAGUUGAACUGCGGACAAAAUGGGGAAGAAGAGGAAAUAUUCGUGACAGCCUUGGAACACAUGGACACAUGAAGUGCGUGUUUGACGGUCAGCUUAAGUCACAGGACACAGUACUUAUGAACUUGUACAAGCGUGUGUUCCCAAAGUGGACAUAUAACCCUUAUGUUAGAUGUCCCCCAACCAUCUGUGAUAUUGGUGAUGUUGAUGAUGAUGAUGAUGAGGAGGAGGAGGAGGAGGAGGAGGAGGAGGAGGAGGAGGAGGAGGAUGGCGAGGAUAUGCAAGCCUACCAAAUGUUUGAAUGAGAAAAAGAAACUGCUGCAAUAAACAAUAUAUAUAGAGCAAGCAAAUCUCUGCAGAGCUGAUGUGGUCCAGUUUGAGCCCUUUAAAUUAUUUUAUCUGAAUAAAUACCAAAUGGGUAUACAGGUUAUUUGUUCACUGAUCAGGAAUGGACUUGUAAAUUUCAAAUUAAUGCUUCUUGAAAUUCAUUGAUGUAUUCUGUUGGGCAUUUCAAAGAGGAAAUUACAUGCGAGUCCAGUGUAAACAAGAUGUUUUGCCAACAGAUGGGAGAAUAUUUAUCAAUAUUUUUACAUCUUGAUAAACAUUUUGUUGUGAUCAGAUUUAAAUCCCCAUACAACAGGUUAUAUUGUACCUAACGUUAAUUCGUGAGCUGUACAUAUACAGUAAAAUAUGAUUUUUAAAGAU